UUAUUCUUGGCCACUUCGAUCAUACUGAGCGCAAUGAUGUUUCAAGGUGCCGGGCAUAUGGCCAUAGUGGCCUUGCACAUUCUACCGUUUACCAGCCAUGUCUACGCGCUUGACCUGAAUGUUGACGACCAGGAAUCUAUCAAAGAUGCCGGGAGCACCGCCGCCUACAACAUGAUGACAUGGUACAAAGGAAAUGGGACAGACAACCCGGGUUUCAUCUCAAGAUCCUGGUGGGAAGGGGCUGCUUUGUUUCUGGCAUGUCUUAAUUAUUGGCAUGCUACUAACGACACAACCUAUAACGAAGAAGUCAGCGUCUCGUUGCAACAUCAGGGGGGUUCGGGCGGAGACUAUAUGCCUUCGUGGGCGAUAGGCGUAGGAAAUGAUGAUCAAAUGUUCUGGGGCCUCGCGGCGAUCACAGCAGCAGAAUACAAACUGCCGAAUCGUCCAAGUGGUGACACCUGGCUCACCCUUGCUGAGCGUGUUUUCUAUAACCAGAAAAGUCCACAGGGAGGGGGGUGGGACACAAGUAUUUGCGGAGGUGGCCUUCGCUGGCAGAAAGAUGUGUGGCAAAGUGGUUAUACUAUGAAGAACGCAGUGUCAAACGGUGGCUUUUUUAUGCUUGCAGCGCGUCUCGCUUGGUAUACCCAAGAGGAAGAGUACGCUAUAUGGGCUGAGAAAGUCUGGGACUGGUCUACCACUGUGAAUUUGGUCGAUAAUAAAACCUGGGCGGUGGCAGAUAGUGUUAGGGCAGGCUCGGGGGGGCCCGAUGGCUGUGGCCUUCCUGACAGCACCCGGUGGACCUACAACUAUGGUACCUAUCUGUCUGGUGCUGCUUAUAUGUAUGCCCUUACGAACGAUAGUAAGUGGCUUAACAUCACAAAUAGCCUGAUGGAGUCAUUGUUUACUACAUUUUUCCUACCUGAAUACGGAGGUGUGAUCACAGACCGGUGCGAACCUUCGGGCCAAUGCUAUAAAGACGCGAAUUGGCCAAUUUUCAAAGGCCUUACAGUGUCAUGGCUUGCAGAUAUUGCAUUGAUCAUCCCUUCCCUUAAGGAGAAGAUCCUACCAAAACUUCAAGUCUCUGCCGAGGGCGCUGCAAAGUCAUGCACCGGCAAUGGCCAAAACCUCUGUGGUAACCGCUGGUGGUACGGCGGGUACGAUGGACAAAAUUCAAUGGAGAAUGCAAUCAGUGGUAGUCAGAUGAUGAGUGCUAUUAUGGUGAAAUUCCUCGACUCAUCCUCAAAACCAGUCUCGACAGCAACAGGAGGAAACGGCACAAGCGACCCGAGUGCUGGUACUGGGGAAAGUUCGGGGCCUGCACAAUUGCCCCCUGUCACAACGGCAGAUAGAGCAGGAGCUGGAAUUCUGACAGUGCUUUUCGUGGCUAGUAUGAUAGGCGGGGUGGUCUUUUUGUUUCGUGGCCCCUGAGCCCUCCUAGAAUAAGCAUAGGCGAAGCUUACUGGCCGAUGUAUAUUUUGAGUUUCACAAUGAAUCAGAAGCCGAUUCGCAUCUUUUUGAUCUACA